UGAUUGCGACCAUUGAUCGGAGUAGGGAUUUUCAUAAGCAAACGCAUUAAGCCUUUUCUAAUUCUUCACUAAAAAAGUGUAUAUUGAAAGAGAGCAAUGCAGUGCUUUAAGUGGAGUGUGGUUUUAUUUUUGAUAACAGAACUUCAUUCGUGUGUAAGCCAUCCACUCGGCAUACGCAUCGCUCCACUGGUCAAACAACACGAAUCGCUUCAAGAUAGUGAAUUUGAUGAUUAUGAGCUCGAUGAUGAAGUUGAUAGUGAAUCACGUGCUGAUGAUAGCCAUGAUAGAGCCGAUCACUUGCUCAAUGACAAUAUGAGGAAUAAUGAUGACUUUUAUGAGGACUACGACGACGCAAACGAUUUAGGCGAUAAUGUUAACGAUGAAAAUGACGAUGAAGUAUUUAACGAUAGUGAUGAUGAUCAUCACAAUGAAGUUAUUAAGGGGAAUGAUGUCGAGGACCAUUCUUCAAAUGAGGACAUAGAUCGAAUACCUGGUUACCGACCUGAUGUAGCUUUGACAAGUCCGUUGGAGUAUUAUAAUUAAACUAUAUGAAGACUAUACUUUAUGAGUAGUGAAUGCACUGAAAUAACAGAAAUUAUUUAUUUUCUUAAGUUAGUUGUAAUAAACUUUAUGUAUGGUUGUAAUGUUUGUAUGUAUAAAGGUUUAAUAUUAGAAUUAAAAUCAA